GUUGAUUAAUACGGUGUACUGCCCCUUUAAGAGGCGUGUUCUCUCCUCUCGCAUUUCGCGGGAAGCAAAACAAAGGAAAAGGAGGGAUUGAGUCAUGACUCUCUGAGUCAAUGUUCGAGUGGAUCAUGCUUUCCUUUUGCCAACCGUGCUCCGUUUGUUUUUACACGGAUUACCGAGCAAUUUGGAUUUAAUCCGAUUCUGGACUGUGACGUUCUUCGAAGAACAUCUCGUAGUUACUUUCAAAACAGACCUGAUGGAGGAAAGUCAAGAGCUGGAAAUACUUUCACAGAAAAAGAGAGCAGAAGCCAAAACGUCUUUCACCUGCAGUCAGUGUGGAAAGAGUUUCAUACAUAAAAGAAACCUUCAGGAACACAUCAGAAUCCACACUGGAAAGAAACCUUUCAAAUGUGAUCAGUGUGGAAAGAGUUUCACACAAAAAGGAAACUUUAAGAGUCACAUGAGAAUCCACACUGGAGAGAAGCCACACACAUGUGAUCAGUGUGACAAGAGUUUCAGACAAAAAGUAGCCCUUAAGAACCACAUAAGAAUCCACACUGGAGAGAAGCCGUACACGUGCCAUCAGUGUGGAAAGAGAUUCAGAUGUCAAGUAAGUCUUACAAAUCACAUGAGAAUUCACACUGGAGAGAAACCUUACACAUGCUAUCACUGUGGAAAGAGUUUCAAAUGGUCACCAAGUCUCCACGAUCAUCUGCUCUCUCACACUGGAGAAAGACCAUUUCACUGUGAUCAGUGUGGUAAAAAUUUUAUUGUGAAAUCAGCCCUGAAGGUCCACCUGAAAAUUCAUGCAAAGGAGAAGCAUCAUGUCUGUUCUGAUUGUGGAAAGGGUUUUUCACGGCUGAACAAUUUGAAAAUGCACCAGAAAAUACACACCGGUGUGAAGGAUCAUGUGUGCUUUGAGUGUGGGAAGGCUUUUAUUCGAGUCUGCCGAUUGAAAGAGCACCAGAGAAUUCACACUGGAGAAAAACCGUACAAGUGUUCACACUGUGACAAGAGAUUCACUCAGUCAAAACAACUGAAAACACAUGAGAAGAUUCACGCUGGAGAGACGCCGUAUCACUUGAACUACUGAAACAUGAAAAAGCAUCAUCUAUUCUAGAGUUGUCAAAAUGAGUUCUUCUUCAGGUCAGGUUCACCCUGUACCGUUGUCUAGUGCAUACGCCGUAUGCCCACCUAUCUUUCUAAGGAUUUUGCGUAUGCUCACCUAAAAUGAGUAAUGAUAUGUAUCAAAGGCCACCAGAACAAUGAUUAUGCUUUUGACCCAUAACUUUUCAAUUUACUGAUACGAUGCAGCAGCACCGUUGAGUAAAUUGAUUUGUUUUUUGUAAAUAAGUGUACAGAGAUCCCCUCUAGACGUGCACGGAGCGAUGGGAGGCGGGAGCGCUGAACUGAAGGCAUGGGCAAGAUAGACAGUCCUACUGAGCUGAGCAACCAAUCAGAACUUGUGUUUCAGCUGAGAUGGGAUAUUUACUAACCAAUCAUACUUUCUGUUUGAGUAAGGGGUGUGACUUUUCUAGCAUCUGCAGCGAAAUGCUGAUGCGUCAUCAGCGAUAGUCAUCAUUUGCGCUGUAAAUUUACUUUGCAUGAAAAUAUGUAUACAUUUAAAUACAACUUUGUGAAAGUACUGACUGCACCCAAGCUAGAUUUGAUGAUCCUCGCAGUCAGAUGCUGGCCAAGUUAUCUGAGGGUGUACUCACUAGGCCUGGUUGCCUUGUACCGUGCCCAAGCACGAUUGUCCCCACUCCCCCGCAGGACUACACUCACAUAGCACUUAACGUUCCGGGCCUGGGCAUGCUUGCGUCGUUACGAUGCGAGUUUUUGUUUUGAAGAAAAUAGGAUGAAAAGUGCUCUCGCACAGCACAAUGGAGUCCAUCAUUGUAACAUUACUUUGUGGCUUAUUUUGAGUCGUUUGGGGCGCGGUGACACGCGGCCCUCUCCCAUGCCUAAUUGUCGACAGCAUCGUACCACUGGAAUUUAUCCUUUUCGUCCGACGAGCUGACAGAUUUACGGAGUGCAUUCCGUACCUUCAGAUACUGAACCCGCAGUUUUUUUUUCAGCUUGUCACGUCAUUGCUCAAUGGUUCUUUGGUAUCCAUGAGCACGAAGAUAGUUGUGAAUUUUACCAAAUAUCUCGUAGUUCUUGUGUGUUGUAUCCAGUUGGUCCUGUAUACUCUCGUCUGCCCAAAUUUCCAGGAAACACUGCACCUAUGCCGCACACCAAAGUGAUCCCUUUGCCCAGUCUCAUCAUUGACGUCAUGUUUCGAGUUCCGCGCUCGGUCACGGUUAGCAAUCACACUAGAUGUGUACCGUCCCUGAGCCAACUGAACCGUGCCAGAGCCCACCUCUUCAAGCGGGCCAAGGCACGGUACGGAGCGAACACAUUAGUCAAACGAACUGGACUUUUGGGGGUAAAACGUGCUUGGGCACGGUACAGAUUGCCUACUGUGAGUACACUCUGAGUUUUCCAGUAAUUGUAUAAAAUGCCAUUUUUAUGUGACUUUUACUUCUGUCAGUGGAGCCUUUUUUCUCGUGAGAUCAAAUAACUUCAAUUUAUAUUUCUUAGUAAGAAAGCCAUUUAACAGAGAUAAUCACAUUAUAUCACACAAAAGAUCCCAUAUAAAAAUACCUUUUUUGGCCCCACCCCUUUUCAGCGCUCCGCGCUUCCGUGUAUUGUCUCUUAACUUCCGGUUUGCAUUGAAGCUACUCAGAAGGGUCAAAGAAAGUAUUUUUCAACAUGAGAUGAUGGUGUGAGUCUACUCCACCCCUUUACUACGUGAAAAUGUUUACAAGCGAUAUUGUUAUACGUGUAAUUCUGCUUUACUUUUAGGUUUCAACUUGUUAAUCAUUAGUUAAUGUGUAGAUGUUAAUGUGUAGUGUUAAAGCGUACACUUUCGGGGGGGGGGUAUAGUUUCACGAGCACAGAUGCACAUCAGUACGUCCACAGCGUGAAGGAUCUUGUUUAUGAAGUAUUCUUGUUUUAAAAUCUCCCCGCUCAGCUUCCAGUUAAUAUGACAUCCCCUGAACACUUUCAAAUGUUCAUGAUAACUUUUGGCAACUCUAAAAUCUGUAAAUCCACUUCGCUAGCUAAUUACACUAUGACAUCAACAUCAUAGACUUUAUAGAAAGUGCUAAACCGGAAGUUCAAAGACAAAAACAUUUUGUUAUGAGAUACGGAACGAGUGUUUGGGUGCUGGAAACUUUUACAGUGUGUUCACGCCAGUAUAUCUACUGUAUGUUCACAAAAAAACCUAUCAAGUUGGGUUUCCUGAUUAAAAAUGGAGCAUUAAUGUCAUUUAUUUGUCAUAUAACAAAGGCCACUAAUGGGUUACAUUUGUUCAUUGAAUGUGUUGUUUCAUUCAUUUAAUAUGUUGUAAUGUGUUGCAAAAUCUAGCAUUAACUUUAGAUAUUUUUCAAUGUAGUUAAUUUGUUAAAACAUAUAUAUUGAAUGUUUAAAUUUAGGCGUAGACUCAAAGGUACACUAAUUAAAAUGUUCUACAUUAAAAACAGUUUUGGUACUUUUUGAUGUUGCAUUUGCAUGUGUGGGGUUAAAGACAAUACGAGAAGAAAUACAAUUCCAAAUGUUUCAUUAGUGUCAAUAGCCCAACAGAAAUAAAAGGCCCAUCAGGCUGAAAAGCCUCUUUAUUUCAUGCCAAUAGUUCACUGUUUUCACCUAAUUCAUCAUGG